AUGAGUUUGCUUGACGCUUUGCAAGCAAAACGUUCCAAGUUAAAAAGUUGCCAGACCAUAGUUACCAAUGCCGCUGGUGAGCGUUUUAUGGAAAAUACCUCAACUCAAGAAAUGCAGAAGUUGGUCACAGACAAAACCUAUGGCUUUGUGGUAGAUACUAAACCCGACUAUAAGCCAGCGUGUAUUUUGGAAGAUUUUUUAUAUUUAGGGUCACAAGAUGCUGUUACUUUAGAGAAUAUCGAACAAUAUCAACUAACUCAUAUUUUAAGUAUGGGAAUAGAAUGCCCUUUGCAAGACUUACCCAAAAAUAUUAACAAUCUAUUUUUAGCCUGUUUAGAUUUGCCAGAAGCCUCCUUGAAAGAUGUAAUUUUCAAGGAGGCAUUUGAUUUUCUCGAAAGCGCUCGUCUGCUGGAAGCUGGUCGCGUAUUGGUUCAUUGCAAUGCUGGAGUCUCCAGAUCAGCUAGUGUGGUUAUAGCAUAUCUUAUGAGAUAUAGUGAUAUGGAUUUUGAAAAAGCUUUCAAACAUGUAAAAUCUCGUAGGGAAUGCAUACAACCCAAUGCAGGAUUUAUGAGGCAAUUAAGGGAGUUUGAGCAGGUUGAUUAACAUAAACAGUUUAAACAGAAACAAUUUUGCCAAUCGAUAACCAACAGCAAAAAGUUUUUGAUGUUUUCACCACGUUGAUUUGAUUUUUUGUAAUAUGAAGCGAUUUGAACAAAUUCGUAAAUAGGAAAAGGCUUAACCAUAAAAACGCAGCUUUUAAGUGGAAGCUACGUUAAGGAUAUUAGGAUAUAUAAGAUUUAAGAUAUUAAAAAAUUUUGAUUUUCAUAAAAAUUUCGCCGAAAUUGAGCUUUUGUUGAGAAUCUCAUCAAUCUAUUGUAGAUUUUCACAGAAAAUUCCGUCAAAAUUUAAUUUUCAUAGAAAAUUUCGCCGAAAUUUAAUUUUCAUAGGAAAUUUGUUCAAAAUUAAAAUUUUACAGAAAAUUUUAUCAAAAAUUGAUUUUUAAAGAAAGUUUUGCCGAAAUUGAAUUUUUCAUAGAACAUUUCGUCAAAAUUUGAUUUUCAUAG